AAGUUUCUCUCCUCUCCUGCCCUGAAGUCUCUCUCUUCCCCCCGCCACCCCACCCAUCGCUGAUCGGCCGUCUGUUCAUCGCGAGCCUGGACUGAUCCGCCUCUUUCCCUUCUCGCUCCCGACGAUCUCUGCUCUGCCGAGGCUACCUUGCCUGACGGAAGAGAAACCAAGAGUGAUUGGAUUGGAUUUUGGAGGGGAGAAUGGCGGCUUUCGUGCCUCCUGGGGCACACAGACCCGGCGGCAAUAACAGCAAUCAAUCUCCGUCUGCGCAGCAGCACCCACCACCUCCCAAUUUCGGCAACAGCCCUGCUGCAUUAGCCGAUAAUUUGCAGAACAUGAACCUCAACAGGCCACAUUCUGCUCCCCGGCCAUCUCCUUUCAGCCAACCGCCGCCUCCCUACUCCUUCUCGGGUCCUUCACCAGGUUAUCGCCCCGGAUCUCAGCUGAUGGCGCGUCCCGGACCAUCCCCUCCCAAUGCGAUCACGAGACCCAUGGGGCCUCCUUCAGGGGCCCUGCCUGGUGUUGCCCCGGGAAGACCCAUGGCCCCGCCUGGUACUCGCCCGCCACCGCCAGGUUCUCUGCCUUCCUCAAUGGGCAGUCAUAUGGGCCUCUCCCCUAGAGCUCCUGCAUUUACUGGUGGCCAGGCCACAGCACCACCCCCACCUGGCGUAAGUCCUCGCCCGUUGACAACUGGGAUAUUGACGCCGCCGCCACCAGGUCCUACGCAAGCUGGUCCAGUGAGUAAUGGGCCACCAGUGGGUUCCGGUCCUCGAUUUGGUUCUCCAGGUGGAAUGUCCUCCUCUGUUCCUCCUCCAACAGGGCCAUCUUCUCCUUCGGCACCAGCCCAGGUGCCAAGCAUGGGUCCGUUCAUGACUGGUCCACCACCAACAUCAAUGCCAGCGGCACCGCCCUUUUCAGGACAACCCCCCUUUUCGGCACAACCACCCUUUUCAGGACAACCCCCGUUUUCGGUACCACCGCCUCCAGCUAUGGGGCCACCUCAGGGCUCUCCUUUUGCAGCUCAACCCUGGCAAAUGAGGCCUGACCAGAUGGUUCGUCCUCCAUCUGGUCCUGGUUCUGCACAGCCCCCUCAAAUGUAUGGUAUGCCAGCUCAUUUACCAAAUCAAUCUAUGACUUCUAUAUCUCCUGGUAUGGCACCUACUGGAGCUUCUGUUGGAGGGCCAUCAAAGAUCGACCCGAACCAAAUUCCAAGGCCCAUACCAAGUUCAGCGGUCAUCUUGCAUGAAACUCGUCAAAGUGAUCAAGCAAAUCCUCCUCCUCCGGCCACAAGUGAUUACAUUGUCAGUGACACCGGAAAUUGUAGUCCACGUUAUAUGAGGUGCACCAUCAAUCAGAUUCCGUGCACUGCUGACCUUUUGGCGACAUCAGGGAUGCAGCUAGCUUUGUUGGUUCAACCUCUUGCCCUUCCUCAUCCAUCUGAGGAACCUAUUCAGGUUGUUGAUUUUGGAGAAACUGGGCCUGUUCGAUGUUCUCGUUGCAAAGGCUACUUAAACCCUUUCAUGAGAUUCAUUGAUCAAGGAAAGAAGUUCAUAUGCAACUUAUGUGGUUUUACUGAUGAGACUCCCCGUGAUUACCACUGCAAUCUUGGCCCUGAUGGUAGACGGAGAGAUGCCAAUGAAAGGCCUGAGCUAUGCAGGGGAUCAGUUGAAUUUGUUGCAACCAAGGAAUACAUGAUCCGUGAACCAAUGCCAGCUGUGUAUUUCUUCCUCAUAGAUGUAUCUAUGAAUGCCAUGCAAAUUGGUGCAACUGCUGCAGCUUGCAGUGCAAUCAGUCAAGUCAUUGCUGAUCUUCCGGAAGGUCCGCGGACAAUGGUCGGUAUUGCAACAUUUGAUUCGACGAUCCAUUUCUACCAUUUAAAGCGUGCAUUGCAGCAGCCAUUGAUGCUUGUUGUUCCCGACAUACAAGAUGUUUAUACUCCAUUGCAAAGUGAUGUUAUUGUUCCGCUUUCAGAGUGCCGUCAACACCUGGAGUUAUUGCUGGAAAGCAUUCCGACAAUGUUUCAGAACAAUAGAACUGCAGAAUCAGCCUUUGGUGCAGCAAUUAAGGCUGCUUUCCUGGCAAUGAAGAGCACUGGAGGGAAACUUCUGGUAUUUCAGUCAGUCUUACUGUCAGUCGGUAUUGGCGCUCUUUCUGCCAGAGAGGCUGAAGGAAGAACAAACAUCUCAGCAGGAGAAAAGGAGGCCCAUAAACUACUCCAACCAGCAGACAAGACAUUAAAGACAAUGGCUAUUGAAUUUGCAGAGUAUCAGGUAUGCGUGGAUGUGUUCCUCACUACCCAGAGUUACAUUGACAUUGCUUCAAUAUCUGUGGUUCCCCGAACUACUGGAGGACAGGUUUACUAUUAUCAUCCCUUCUCAGUGUUAUCUGAUACUGCCAAGCUUUACAAUGACCUGAGAUGGAACAUCACAAGGCCCCAAGGUUUUGAGGCAGUUAUGAGAGUUCGAUGCAGUCAGGGCAUUCAAGUUCAGGAAUACCUUGGAAACUUCUGCAAACGCAUUCCUACUGAUAUUGACCUUGCUGGGAUAGACUGUGACAAGACUAUUAUGGUGACCUUGAAGCACGAUGACAAGCUGCCGGAUGGCUCUGAAUUUGCAUUCCAGUGUGCCCUUCUUUAUACCACUCUGUAUGGGCAAAGAAGAAUUCGGGUUACGAAUUUAUCCCUUUCAGUAACCAGCAUGCUGAGUUCUCUAUUCCGUGUUGCUGACUUGGAUGCUCAGUUUACAUGUUUGUUGAAGCAAGCGGCAAUGGAUAUACCUUCCAGUCCACUUGUGCAAGUCCGGGAACAACCAGUAAAUACUUGCAUCAACAUUCUGCUCUCGUAUCGCAAAUUUUGUGCUACAGUUUCAUCAUCUGGACAGCUCAUAUUACCAGAGGCACUCAAACUUCUGCCUCUUUACACUCUUGCCUUAAUCAAAAGCACAGGGUUGCGACCUGAUGGAAAGAUAGACGACCGUUCCUUCUGGAUAAAUUAUGUUUCCUCCAUCUCUACUCCUUUGGCGAUUCCUCUGGUUUACCCAAGGAUGAUACCUAUACAUGAUCUCAAGACAAGGGAAGAGGAGGGUUCCAUUGUUCCCUCAUCAAUUCCUCUUUCCAGUGAGCAUAUUAGUGAUGGGGGAAUUUAUCUUCUCGAAAAUGGUGAUGAUGCUUUGAUAUACGUCGGGGGCUCAGUGGAUUCAGGAAUCUUGCAACAAUUGUUUGGCGCAUCCACAGUUGAAGAAAUUCCUUCACAGUUUGUGCUGCAGCAGUACGACAAUCCAGUGUCAAAGAAACUCAAUGAGGUGGUGAAUGAGAUUCGGCGGCAAAGAUGUUCGUACCUCCGGUUGAGACUCUGCAAGAAAGGGGAUCCAUCAGGAAUGCUGUUCUUCUCACAGCUAGUGGAGGACAAGAACCAUGGUAGCAUGUCGUACGUGGAGUUCCUAGUUCACAUCCAUCGCCAGAUCCAAACGAGAAUGACCUGAAGCCAUUUUGUACACUCCAAUCAGUUGUCUAUUAGCAAGUUUUGGUACAUGUUAUACCGUUCCGGAUGUUAAUUGAUUUCCAGAGAGAGUUGUAUGAUUGACUGCGACAGCUUUUGCUUGUUCGUCCUUGGGGAAUCUUAGUGGAGGAGAAUAUUUGUUAGCCUGUGAACGUUCAUAGUCGCCGAUGUAAUAAAAGGCAAUGCCAAGAGGAUGUACAAUUUGCUUCACUAUUUUGAUUUGGUUUAUUUUUAUUUUUGUGGGGACUUUGGUAAUGAAAAGAUUUACAGGAUUAGUUAAAUACACCAGUCAGGAGUUCAAUCUUUAUUUAUAUCUGUAAUCUGUUACUGUAAAAAUUAUUGGAGCCCAAACAUAGUGUUUCUCGACUUCUUUAGUUA